CGCGGUUCCUGGUCGUGUGGCGAGUUCGGAAAGGGUGCAAAAAGGUGCUGUUUGUGCUCUGUUCAAGUAGUGUGUAACGGAACAGCCCUUUUGCCCAUCCGCGGGCGCGGAGUGCCCUGAAUUAGGGCGUGUCGCCGGGCGGCUCCUUCCCGGGCUGUUCGCCCCCGGUGGGCCCCGGGUGUCGCUGCAGGCCUUUCUCCCUGAGAAACCGUCACCGAAGACAACGUCGCCAGGAUUUUCUGGGGGCACUUGGGGUAACAUCAGUUUCCCCCUAACUUUAGAAUCAAAUUCUAAAGGCCACACCUCGGGGUUAUUCCUAUCCUGGUAUCGCCCUGCUCUCUCGAACUGCGGUUCUGGAAGAUAAAAAGUGUACUCCUUUUUGGUCAUCUUAUCACUGGUCCCAUGGCUGCCAUGCAAAUGGACCCUGAACUUGCCAAGCGACUCUUCUUUGAAGGGGCCACCGUGGUCAUCCUAAAUAUGCCCAGGGGGACAGAGUUUGGGAUUGACUACAACUCCUGGGAAGUGGGACCCAAGUUCCGGGGCGUGAAGAUGAUCCCACCCGGAAUCCAUUUCCUCCACUAUAGCUCUGUGGACAAAGCCAACCCCAGAGAGGUGGGCCCUCGUAUGGGCUUUUUCCUUAGCCUGCAGCAGCGGGGGCUAAUAGUCUUGCGCUGGAAUGCAGUCCAGGAAGAGGUGGACCUAACUCCAGCCCCAGAGGCUGAAGUGGAAGCCAUGAGGGCCAACCUCCAGGAUCUGGACCAAUUCUUGGGACCUUAUCCAUAUGCCACCCUCAAAAAGUGGAUCUCACUCACCAACUUUAUCAGUGAGGCCACAAUGGAGCGGCUGCAGCCUGAGAACCGGCAGAUCUGUGCCUUCUCAGAGGUGUUACCCGUGCUGUCCAUGAAGCACACCAAGGAUCGGGUGGGGCAGAAUCUACCCCACUGCGGCACUGAAUGCAAAAGCUACCAGGAGGGCCUGGCCCGGCUGCCUGAAAUGAAGCCCAGAGCUGGGACAGAGAUCCGCUUCUCAGAGCUGCCUACACAGAUGUUCCCCGCAGGUGCUUCGCCAGCAGAGAUAACCAGGCACAGCAUGGACCUGAGCUAUGCACUGGAGACUGUGCUCAGCAAGCAGUUCCCUGGAAACCCCCAGGAUGUACUUGGUGAACUCCAAUUUGCCUUUGUAUGCUUCCUGCUGGGAAAUGUGUAUGAGGCAUUUGAGCACUGGAAGCGGCUCCUGAACCUUCUAUGCCGGUCAGAAGAAGCCAUGGUGAAGCACAGCACCCUCUACAUCAACCUCAUCUCUAUCCUUUACCAUCAGCUUGGAGAGAUUCCUGCCGACUUCUUUGUGGAUAUUGUCUCCCAGGACAACUUUCUUACCAGCACCUUACAGGUUUUCUUUUCCUCUGCCUGCAGUGUUGCGGUGGAUGCGACUCUGAGGCAGAAAGCUGCAAAGUUCCAAGCUCACCUGACCAAGAAGUUCCGGUGGGACUUUGAGGCGGAGCCUGAGGACUGUGCCCCUGUGGUGGUAGAGCUUCCUGAGGGUGCGGAGACUGGCUAACUGAAGAAGCUCAGCUCUGGAGGCUCCUUCCCACACGGUUGCAGUCCUGACCUCUCCACCCCUUCCUGCAGGAACCUGCAAGAGCAUCAGUCCUACCAGAGUCUACAAAGGUGGAGCCAGAAAUCCUCCUUUAGUAAUUAAGUUCCAUCAGUGCCAAAGAAGCCAUACUCACCUUGAAGGCACUUCCGUGGGUUUCCUGUCAACCUGGACUUGGUGCUAGCCUUACUGGAUUCCAGAUGUGCUUUUCUGAAGCUCCUAGGAAAGACCUGCCUCAGCAGCUGUCCACUUCUUUCUGAAUGCGGAAAAAAGAACAACCAAACGGCAAGGAAAACUGUUUGCUUACUCCAUAGGCUGAUUAGAAAACAAGAAACCCUGGACUGCCCACAAGUCUGAGAUGUCAGUUGAUGACUGUCUUGAAGAGAAAUUUUGAAGGCUAAUAGAGAGAUUAGCUAGAAUUUCUGCCUGCCCCUUGUUGAAUGGAUAUAUGUCACAGAAAAGUUGGCCAUGUUUUCCUAGGAGCUCCAGAUUGGGAAGGGUGUAACACAGAAGGCAUUUGAGUCUUGAUUGUUAUUUUCUACAUCUAAUUCCUAUUUUCCUGUCUAGAGGCCCCCGUGGGUAAUCUUCCAAGAUUUCUGUGAUUCCUGAGCUCAAAGUCCUCCUCAUUUGUUACAUCCUGAGACCCCAGACCCAGGUCACCCAGGGACUUGGUGACCUGGCAUGUGGCCUCACUAGAGUCACAUCAGAAAUGACUGUUUCUGAUGACCUGGAGGUUCAACAACAAAAGGAAAGAUCCUUGCUCUAUACCUCUUUUUCCAAGCUCUGGAGAUGACCUGGCCAGUCUAGAUCUUCCCUAGUGUUCAAUGGAGAUAUCAGUCACUGAAGUAAUGAUGCUGUGGUUGUCUGGCAUCAUGAGAGUGUGCCCUUCAUGCACACAAGCCCUGCCACCCUGACCUCAUACUCAUGUACUGUGGUCAGAGUCCCUUUGCCCUUCUUUCCAAGGCUCCUUCCUUUCCAGGUUUCGGAAGAAGAGUCCCUACUGGUUAAAACUUAAGGAUCCACUUGUUUCCUUGGAGAUAUUUUUUCAAGAGCAUACUGUACAUUAAAGCCUUUGAGCUGAGACUAAAUCCCCUGUGUGAGUCUCUCUUGCGGUUAAUCUGCCUAAUUUCCAGAGCAGCCAGGCCACUGUUGGUGGAUACACAUUUCCUCUGUACCCAGCACCAGGAAACCUGUCCAACCUCUGCCAUCUCGGGAGGACUCAAGCUUCUAGUGUUGCCUUCCAUUACCAGUGGAGGAAGGAAUGAGCCCCUGUCCAGUAGUCACCCCAUCUACGCUUUCCCACAGUUAUUUCACUUUGCUUGUUCAGUUACCACAGUCAUCUGUAAUCUGAAAA